GGGGGCAGCCCUUUAUCUCUCGCGGCUCUCUGCAGGCUCUCGGUUCUCCUCCUUGAAUCCGGUACCGAGCAUGUCCGGGUCCUCUGGCGCAGCGGAGCCGGUGGGCUACAUCACGCGGGUCCAGAGCUUCAGCGCCUGUCACCGGCUGCACAGCCCCCACCUCAGUGACGAGGACAACAGGGCCGUGUACGGGAAGUGCAACAACCCCAACGGACACGGACACAACUACAAAGUGGAGGUCACCGUGCGCGGAAAGAUCGACCGGCUCACUGGGAUGGUCAUGAACCUCACUGACUUGAAGAGGUGCAUUGAGGACGUCAUCAUGACGCCACUGGACCACAAGAACCUGGACCGGGACGUCCCGUACUUCAGCAGCGUCGUCAGCACCACGGAGAACGUUGCUGUUCACAUCUGGAACCAGAUGGUCAAAGUUCUUCCUCCAAACCUUCUGCACGAGAUCAAGAUUCACGAGACGGACAAAAACAUCGUUGUUUACAGGGGAGAGUAGAUCCACGGGGGGGGGGGGGGGACCUGAGGCUGGGAGAAGGUUCAUAUUCUGUGGUCCAGUCCAACCAAAGAGGGAUCAAGUGUCUUCUCACAAUAAAACAAACAUUCAUGGAUCAUA